AUCGGAUUUCAAUUCGGAGAAAGUUGGACCAAAAAGUGUUCCCCGACUAGGACCAAAUUAGUCCCAAUCAGGGACUUGCGUUUGGAAUCGGAGAAAUAUCGCAGCCCGCUCCACUAGCCGCCCGAACAGGAAACCAGACAUCACCCUUGGCAGCAUCCUUCACCAUUUUCCUAUAUAAGUAUCAUCUCCAUUCCUUCAACUCCUCACCAUUUCUUACAAAAUUUUUGUCUAUUCUGUUGCUGGGAGUGAGGAGAACGCAGUGGUGAUGUCGUAUUGGUGUGAGGUCGCCGGAGAUAGCUACAAUUCUCGCCGGAAGUUUUGCCGGAAAAUCUUCAAAACCUCCAUUAAGUUUCGAGAUCUGAAGAAAUCGACGGUGGUGGCGGAGAUUAGGUACCGAUUGAUGAUGGUGUGUUGGACCGGAGGAAAGGAGCCCCAGAUUUCUUUCUUCUUCGUUUUUUUUAAAUUGAAGGCGGUGGCGGCAGUCGGAGUUGACGUGGUAGACAUCAAGGUGGCCGUCAAUGAUAAUGGAGAAGCAGCGAGGAUGGCAUCCCGUUGCAUACAGAGAAAAUCGGUGGCCAAGAAGAGAAGAGAAGGGAUAAGGGAUGAGGGAUACACUGAAGCUGUCCAUGUAUCCACUGCCCCUGUUACUACUGUUCAGUUGAGUACUAAUGCCUCUCCAAAUCAUAAUCUUGAUGUCCAUGUCUCUACUAUCCCCGUCACUAAUGGAAAUGAAGUGCCAAUCUCAGGUUCCAAUGAAAUCUUAAAUGAUACCAAACCCAAGGCUAGCCUAGAGCCGAAGGUUGCUCACAUCCUGUUUGAUAAAAGUUCCCAAAGAAACCUAGUCUACAUUAGCGAUAGAUCUGGAGCUAUCACGCCCUGGCUGGAGCUCGCCGUCGCUCCAGAGCCUUCGUUGCUGGCUGCGCAGAGGCAGGAUGCCGCGCAGCUCUUGGUCGUCGCGUCCGUGCGGUCGUCACCGGUGGAUCGUUGCCGGCUAAAGCAAGAGGUGGACGCCUGUUGGGGGUCGUCAAUUGGCUCCUGGGACGACGAAUCUGCAGCGAGGCUCUCCCAUCGUGCUUCGAAGCCUGCACUGGGUGGUGGCUGGAAGAUUUGUGCGCGGAAUCAAGAUCUGGCCGGCGAUGGGUGGUGGCUCGAAGAUCUUGACCUUCUUAGUGGUGGCAAUGGCCGGCGAACUCAAUCCGGUACCUCCUCAGCAGAUCUACGGCGAGGCGCGCCCGUCGAGGCCGGCGGUGAUCUUCCGUGUGCCAAUGAUCUAGUCGGAGAUGGCGGGGAAUCUAAGACCAGCGACCAAUCCCACCACGAAGAUUUAGAAGAACCACUCUUUUGUUUGUUUUUUUUUUGGAGCACGCUUGAUGUGUUCGACACUCUCAAUGAAAGCACCAAUGUUGGGUUAUGGAACCCGGGGGCCUAGGUGGCUAGGCGGAUGAGUAUCGAACUAAGUUCGAACUAUCCGUAUUUAGUUGACACUAUGGGAAUUCUUUCGGCUGUUGGGAAGGAAAGAGAUAUAGUGAGGGAGCCAAAAAAAACAAAGAUGAUUGUGAUUA